AUGAAAAAUUUCGUUAAUACACCUGCGUUUGAUAUCAAUAGUAGAGCUAAUGUUAAGACACAUAAUGCCCCAAUUUCUAGCCACUCUGUAAACACUCUCGGUAUCAAUGCUCCUAAUAAUGCUUCAAAUUCUGAUAUUACUGAAAAGAAAAUGCUGUCAAAAGAAAUGCGUAAUCAAGUCAUUAAUAAAUUAACCACACAUUUUAUCGAUUCACCAAAGUUGGAUAAAAAUAAUAGCAUAGAUACAAAAGGUGAGCAUCAAACUGAUUCUUAUUGGGUUUUAGGUUCACAUUGUCUACUAUGUAGAGAAAAUCAUAUGAGUUUAUAUGAGCCGGGAAUUCCACUUGAUGAUGUACUAAAAGCAUAUUCAGGUAAUUCAAAACAGAUUCAGGAGUUAAAAACUCGAUGCUUCACAUCACCUAUUCCUUAG